GCAUGCAGGGAUCCAGACAUUCAUCAGGUGGAGAAAGGUCUAACAGAGAGAACAGGAGACACUCCCAUGGCUGUGAAUGGCACCUCCCUCCCCACAACUUCCUGGAGUGAUUACUCCAGUGCUUAUUCUGGAGAAUAUGAGGAAAACUAUGAAGAUGAUGCUCAGCAGAAAGUGCUGCUCAAGAGCAUGCAUGUGCUCUCCAUGGUGAUCUACUCCAUCGCCUUCGUGCUGGGAGUGACGGGCAACGGGCUGGUCAUCUUCAUCACUGGUUUCCGGAUGAAGAGAACCGUCAGCACCAUCUGGUUCCUCAACCUGGCCGUGGCUGACUUUAUGUUCACCUUUUUCCUCCCCCUCAGCGUGGCCUACAUUGCCAUGGAUUUCCACUGGCCCUUCGGGCUGGCCAUGUGCAAGAUCAACUCAGCCAUGGCCUUCUUCAACCUCUACGCCAGUGUCUACCUUCUCAUGGUCAUCAGCAUAGACCGUUGUAUCUCCGUCAUGCUCCCAGUGUGGGCCCAGAACUACCGCACGCCUCGCCUGGCUUUAUUGGUAGCUUUGGCUGUGUGGGUCUUGGCCUUGGUUUUGUGUUCUCCGUAUCUCUACUUCCGCUACACGGAUCACUCCCCGAAUAACAAGGACAUCAUCCACUGCUACUAUAAUUUCAACACGGCCCCAGAAGGGGCUCCCAAGGAGGAGAUCCACAGAAUUAUCAACAUCAACCACCGGGCGAUGGCCAUCAGCCGCUUUAUCUUGGGCUUCCUCAUCCCCUUUGCUGUCAUCGUCUGCUGCUACGGUGCCAUCUUGGUCCGCCUAAGGAGGGGCCACAAGAUCCGGUCUAAUAAGCCCUUCAAGGUCAUCGCCAUUGUGAUCAUAUCUUUCUUCCUCUGCUGGUUCCCCUACCAUGUCUUCUCCUUCCUGGAGUUACACCAUACCCAGAGCCUGCACACUGCCCUCAUCAUUGGCUUCCCCUUGGCAACCAGCCUGGCCUUCAUCAACAGCUGCCUCAACCCCAUCCUCUAUGUCUUCAUGGGACAGGACUUCAAGGAGAAGCUGCGCCGGUCCCUCUUUUCUGCCUUCGAAAGUGCCUUUACCGAGGAUGCUGUCAGCACCACGGCCAACACGAAGAGCAAAUCCAGCAUGGAGAUGGAAUCCCAGGCCACCUAGGAGCUGUGCCUUUGCCUAGAGCUGGGAACUG